CAAGAGGGAAAGUAAAUAUCGCUAUUCGCGCGCGUCGUCGAUUUUAUAAUAAAUUACACUAAUAUAAUAAUUAAUAAAAACAAAUCAUUAUAAUUAAUUACGGCGCGUCAUCAAUUGUACAAAUAACGAAUGUGUUAUCAUUGGAUUUUAAACAAGUUUUUCAGUUGCAGCACGCGUAAGCAGAGUGCGCUGCUCCCGUGCACUUUACUGCGUGUCGCACUGGUUUUGUGUGUGUGUGUGUGUGUUUGUUGCCGGCCGGCGAUUCGCGUUUUACGCUUACUUACGGAGCGAACAGUAUACGCUCCGAAGAGCGUAAGUAAAGGGAGUUCGUUCGACGAUCCGUCAGUAGGAAUCGGGAUUUCGUGUGAUUCGGACGUGCGACCGUAAAGACAAACGGUGCGAGUCCUUCUAUGUAUAUACAGCCGGUCUGUCGUAAAGAGUCAGAGAGUUGUCAGUCGGCACGUGUUCGCGCAACACCACGUACACGCGAGUGUAUUACAAACACUGCAAGCACAGCACGUGUAUUAGUGCGGCGACUGGUGCCGGUGGUAAAAGGAGAAAAACUCACGAGUAAAGAGAAAUUGCGACUUCUACAACCGGCGAUCAAGAUGAUUGUCACGUUGCUUUCGAGGAAAACGUCGCUGACUGAAUAAACUCCAAAAGGACACCGUAUUAUCUAUUGUCAGCGAGGACGGGACACGUUCACGGUGCGAUAGGUUAUGGGAAAGUCGAAAAACUUAUAACGUCGAGUGCAUACAUGCAGAAUCCGCGCCCACACAGGACGCUCUUCUUUUAAGAGUUAUCGCGAACGAAAAGGUGUGUACCGGCCAUUCGCUUUGACGAAUCGAUAAAUUCUCGAAGAGGAAAGAGGAGAGAGAAAUUGGAUUGCCGUUUGAUCGGUCAUUGUAUACAAGCCAGCCCGAGAGAGCUCUAUCAAGUGCAUUGAAUCGCAAUACGCGUUAUUUUCCCGUUGCUGUUGCGCGAGCGCGCGCGCACUCGAACAAACGGGAAACAACAAGUGGUAACGACGAACAGUGCAGAAAAACAUGGCACACGAAAACGGAAUAAACGGCAACGACACCGACUCGGAGACGGUGGAAUUGAAUCCUCUGAGGAGGACCAGAUUUCACGUGAACCGGGUCGAUAGUCUCGAAGGUCGAGCGAGUCUUCUGGGCGAGCAGGAGACCAGGAAGUCCCUCAGACACAUGACCAGGGAAGCCCUGCCCAGAUUAGACAAUUACAGGAAUAUCAUGAGCAUCCAGGCAGCCCACAGGCCCUCGUUGGACGAACUGCACAAUCCCACUCUUCUCAACAAGGGUACGGCGGGCUCGCACACGUUAACCGUCCCGCAAGUGAAAGCCACAAGCAGAGUAAAGUUCGGAUGGAUUCAAGGGGUGCUGAUACGAUGUCUCCUCAACAUCUGGGGUGUGAUGCUUUUCCUGCGACUCUCGUGGGUCGUAGCACAGACCGGAAUAGGUCAGGCAAUUCUAUUGAUCAUCACGACCACAAUAGUCACGACGAUCACGGCUUUGUCGAUGUCCGCGAUCAGCACAAACGGUCUCAUCAAAGGAGGUGGAACAUAUUACAUGAUUUCCAGAUCGUUGGGACCCGAAUUUGGCGGCUCCAUAGGUCUUAUAUUUUCUCUGGCGAACGCCGUCGCCUGUUCGAUGUACGUCGUUGGAUUUUGCGAGAGCAUGGUGGAUUUUCUGAAAUCGUACUUCGGGGUUUGCAUAUACGACUGCGCGACCACGGAUAUCAGAAUAAUAGGCUGCAUAACGAUAGUUCUUCUUCUGAUAAUCGUGAUAAUUGGCCUGGAAUGGGAAGCCAAGGCUCAAUUAGUUUUACUCGUUAUUCUUCUUUUGGCUAUCGCCGAUUUUGUGAUCGGCACCUUCAUCGGUCCCAAGAGCGACGUGGAAAGGGCUAAAGGAUUCAUUGGGUAUAACGCCGAACUGUUUAAGGAGAACUUCUAUCAGAAUUACAGAUAUUCCGAAGGCAAGGAACACGGUUUUUUUUCAGUCCUGGCGAUCUUCUUUCCAGCGGCAACAGGUAUCCUGGCAGGUGCGAAUAUAUCCGGUGACUUGAAGGAUCCGCAAACGUCAAUUCCGAAAGGCACGUUAUUGGCAAUCGUAUGUACGUCGCUGUCAUAUCUAAUAAUGGCGAUUAUGGUUGGAUGGACCGUUACGCGAGACGCGUCUGGCAACGUUACUGAUUUAUGGACUGUGUACAAUAAUUCUCUUUCGGCUGUGUCAAUGCUCGAUGCAGGUAAUGAAACUAUCGAAAACAGCACAGUUAUCGUUGAGAAUGUUACUCGUACCUGGAGUGUAUACGGAACUGCUUUUAACUGUACCGGAGGAUGCAAAUACGGCAGUCAUAACAGCUUCGAGGUAAUUCAAUUAGUUUCCGGUUUCGGUCUAAUCAUCUAUUUCGGUUGCUUUGCGGCAACGAUUUCAAGUGCCUUAGCAUCUUUAGUCUCGGCGCCAAAAGUAUUCCAAGCGCUCUGUCUCGAUAAAUUAUAUCCGGGUAUUGCGUGGUUUAGCGGGGAAAAGGACAAGGAACCGAUUCGCGGUUACUUCCUCACUUUCGUUAUCGCCGUCGCUUUUAUCUUGAUCGGUGAACUGAAUGCCAUCGCGCCGUUAAUCUCGAACUUCUUCCUGGCUGCUUACACUCUUAUUAAUUUUAGUACUUUCCAUGCUUCCCUGGCUAAGCCGAUCGGAUGGAGGCCGACGUUCAAGUAUUAUAAUAUGUGGCUCAGUCUUGCUGGUGCUAUUCUUUGCGUGUCUGUGAUGUUCCUGAUCUCAUGGUGGACAGCUUUGAUAACAUUAUGCGUAGUUUUAGCAUUAUAUUUAGUAGUCUCAUACAGAAAACCUGAUGUAAAUUGGGGCUCGACUACACAAGCCCAGACUUACAACAACGCGUUGACCGCCGUACAACAGCUGGAUCGAGUGGAAGAACACGUGAAAAAUUAUAGACCGCAACUUUUGGUUCUCACCGGCGCGCCUGAUGCGAGAUCGUCAUUGGUCGAUUUCGCUCAUCAUAUCACCAAACAUCAGAGUUUAUUUAUUUGCGGCCAUAUCAUUGAGCCACCCAUAUCGUACAAGACGCGCAACAGCAUGAUACAGAAGUGCAAUUCUUGGCUCAGAGCAAACAAAAUCAAGGCGUUUUACUCUCUGAUAGAUGGAGCGAGCUUCCAAGACGGCGCCACUUCUCUCUUGCAGGCUUCCGGUCUUGGGAAAAUGAAACCCAACAUCCUGUUGAUGGGUUACAAACAAGACUGGACCAUCUGUCCCCGAGAGAAUCUGAAUAUGUACUUCAAUGUUAUGCACAAAGCUUUGGAUAUGCAUAUAGCAGUAGCGCUUCUUCGGCUUCAGGAGGGCUUAGAUUGCAGCGCUGUUGUCGGAGACGUUGAGGACCAAAAGAGACUCGCGCCUACGUCAAUACGGGGCAAUCAGAGUUUCUCACAACUUAGUCAAGCUAGCAGUACUUCUGAUAUAUCGAUACCCGGCAGUCCUACACCGAGACGUUCCAAAACAAUCAACGAAUAUCCCAACGCAUCUUCCGAGGAACAGCGUGAAACUCGACCAAACAUAGUGCCAAUCACGAACAUACUUAAUGUAGUGACGAAAUUUCAGAAGAAGCACAAAAAAGGUACUAUCGACGUGUGGUGGCUAUAUGACGACGGUGGCUUGACGCUACUAUUGCCAUACAUUAUCAGCACAAGGCGUAAUUGGUCCAACUGUAAAUUACGGGUGUUCGCGCUUGCCAAUAAGAAUUCCGAACUGGAAUAUGAGCAGAGAAGUAUGGCGAGUCUUCUGUCGAAAUUCCGGAUAGAUUAUUCCGCCUUGAAAGUGAUACCAGAUAUUUCAAAGCCGGCACAACCUAGUACAAAAACCUUUUUUGACUCGUUAAUAGCCGGUUUUCAGGAAACAACGGAUUCGAAAAAUUCCGACGACGAUACGAAUAUUAAAGAUUCGGAGCUUAUGGCGAUGAGAGAAAAAACUAACAGACAUCUCAGAUUGCGCGAGUUACUGCUUGAAAAUUCUAUGGAAGCCAACUUGGUCGUUAUGACAUUACCAAUGCCUCGGAAAGGUGCUGUGUCGGCACCUCUUUACAUGGCGUGGCUUGAGACACUUACGCGCGACAUGCCGCCGUUCUUGCUGGUUCGAGGUAACCACACUUCGGUUUUAACAUUUUAUUCGUAAGAACAAGACAAGUAAGAAAGAUGACGAAAUUUUAUACGCAAAAGUGCAAUGAACUGCUAGUGCGCAACGACGAAUGAUAUCACAGUAUUAUAAGCGAAUGUAAAAUAUUUAUCAUCUCUGCGCAUGUAGAUUUGAUUAAUAUAAAAUCACUAUUAUUGUAUUUGUAAGUAAACUACUUUUAAAGAGUGUGUGCCUAUACAAAUACUGUACAACAUAUGAUAUUGUGCAAGUUAUUGUUUUUGCUUAUUAGCGAAGAAAGGUGAUUUUUAUUUAUGUGCCGAAAAUUCGAGUCUGAUCUCAGAAUUUCGAACUCGAAUUCAGAACACAUCAAAAUAUCUCACCUCCCGUCAUUAAGAAACAAGACAAAAAGUAUUCAAUUUGUUGUACAGUGCAAUCUUUUUUGAAAACAGACGCGUUAUAACAGACUAGCGAGACACUAAGUACUAUUUUUUUUGUUUGGAAUCGUUAAACUGACAUAUUCCUCGAUUUCGAAAAGGACCGACUUAUAUUGUAUAAAAACUUAAAAUACACAAUGAUAAAAGUGACAAAUAUACUUUGUAACAUUAUUUUUAUUGUUCGACAUGCCACCUGUGUGUUUGCGUCUUAUAACCGUAUUGUGUGUGUGCGCGUGUAUAUAAUCGGAUUUAAAAAAAAAAACAUUCUCUUUGGCAAAAACAGAUCAAAUACAUUUUUUUUACGUAUUCAAGAUAUUCCUAUAUUUCUCUACAUAAACUCAUAAAGUUUUAACAAACUUUUUUUUUUUAUGAAAUAUGAUCCCACACGGAGAUUCCGAUUAAAAACUCUACACUUGUAUAUGUGUUUCAUAUAUUAUCGAUAUAGUUUUUAUUUAUAAAAGCAUAAAAAAAAGCUUAGUGUAAAAUAGUAUAAAAGGUAAAUACUUGAAAGAUGCAGAGUGUGAUCAUAUAAAAAAAUUGGAAAAGUAUUACAGAUACAUGUGGUCUAAGAGAUUAUUUAACGUACAAAAUGCUAGACUGUUGCAACAACAUGUAAGACAAUAUCGCAGUCCUAGCUUAUAUCUUUUACAAUACUGCAAUAUAUUAUGGUACU